AUGGCCGAGUUGACUCAGUCCGAGGUCGUUUACUCCCCUCGGUCGCUUCAACUGUGGAAGACUCUCGUGAACUGCCUCGCGUUCUUCUACCAGAUCUUCCUCCAGAUCCUCCGCGCCGUAGGCUACCAUCCUCUCCUCUCUUCCUCAGCUAAAUCCACCGCCGAUGGUUUUAAACCCUUACCUAACAUCGAAUUGCUCGAAACGGCGCCGGAUUCUCCCACCUCCGUAGAAAUUCACUCCUCUAGCGAUGGUGAACGCAGCCGCUUGCAGAGACUCAAGGUAGUUCUUGACUUGGAUGAGACGUUAGUUUGUGCAUACGAGACGUCUAGUCUACCUGCUGCUUUGCGUAAUCAGGCUGUUGACGCUGGACUAAACUGGUUUGAGCUGGAGUGCUUGUCAUCUGACAAGGAAGUUAAUGGGAAACCUAAGAUCAACUACGUCACGGUGUUUGAACGUCCAGGAUUGCACCACUUCUUAGAGCAACUUAGCCACUUUGCUGAUCUUGUUCUCUUUACCGCUGGUCUUGAAGGAUAUGCCAGACCACUUGUGGACAGGAUAGAUACCAGGAAUGUACUCAGCAACCGACUUUAUCGACCUUCAACAGUCAGCACGCAAUACAGAGAUCACGUGAAGGAUCUGUUAAGCACAUCAAACAACAUGUCUAGGACAGUGAUUGUUGACAACAAUCCUUUCAGCUUCUUAUUGCAACCAUCAAAUGGGAUUCCAUGUGUUGCGUUUUCCGCAGGGCAGCCAAAUGACACUCAGCUUUUGGAUGUUAUACUUCCACUUCUGAAACAACUCUCUGAGGAAGAAGAUGUAAGACCGACACUUUAUGAUCGUUUCCACAUGCCUGAAUGGUUUGAGAAGCAAGGCAUACCACCUUCGUGCUGGAGACCUUAG